AUGCCCAAAAUGAAAGUAAUUAUUUCAAUGGAUGAUCUUGAUGACAAUGACCCCGCUCCUGAUGCAAUUACCACCGGAAAAGUUUUAAAAGCAUGGGCACGUGAUCAGGGCAUUUUAUUAUUGGACUUUAUCGAGGUUGAAAGAUUAGGUCAACAAUAUCCUCAUAUCCAUAAUCCCCCUUCUCCGGAUGAUAUUGCUUGUAUUUGUUAUACUUCAGGUACAACUGGUGUUCCAAAGGGUGCUUUGCUCACACAUACAAAUUUCAUUGGUGCGAAAAAUGGCUUCAAUUUGUGUUGGGCUGCAAGACAAGAUGACGUAUGUAUUUUUGUAUUAGUGUUAUUAUAUAGCAUUGACUUUUAUUUACGCCCUACUAUCGGCUACUUUCGUGGAAAUGUGCUCAAUCUUAUUGAUGAUAUGACUGAACUUAAGCCUACCAUUUUUCCUUCUGUUCCGCGUUUGCUUACGCGUGUACAUGCUAAACUUCAACAAAACACUGUGUUUGCUCCUGGAAUUAAAGGCGCAUUAUCACGUAUGGCUGUUUCUGCAAAGCUUAAGAAUUUAGAGGAUGGAAAGGGCUUUACUCAUACUUUAUGGGAUAAACUUAUAUUCAGCAAGAUAAAACAAGUUAUAGGAGGACGCGUGAGAUUAAUUCUUACGGGGUCUGCACCUAUAGGUCCUGAAGUAUUACAAUUCUUGAGGAUUGCUUUUGCUUGUGAUAUAACUGAGGGUUAUGGACAGACUGAAGGUAUCUGUGCUGCGACAAUGACCUUAAAGGAUGAGAAUGCUGCCGGACAUGUGGGCGGUCCUAUUCCAUGUAAUGAAAUAAAACUUGUAGAUGUACCUGAGAUGAAUUAUUUUUCGACCGAUAAACCUUUUCCUCGUGGUGAGCUUUGUUAUCGCGGUCCAAGUGUUUUUCGUGGGUAUUAUAAAGACGAUGCUAAAACAAAAGAAACAAUUGAUAAGGAUGGAUGGCUUCAUAGUGGUGAUAUUGCAUAUAUUAAUGCAAGAGGUAGUGCAUUUUGUAUAAUUGAUCGAAAGAAAAAUAUAUUCAAGUUAUCUCACGGAGAAUACGUUGCCCCAGAAAAAAUCGAAAAUGCAUAUGUGAAUUCCAAUUUAAUACUUCAAAUAUUCGUUCAUGGCGAUUCUCUUCGUAAUUAUCUUGUUGCCAUUGUUGUGCCAGAUCCAGAAACUUUUGUACCGUGGGCAAAUGCAUUGAUCAAACAAAAUGUUUCUUUGGGUGAUGAAAAAGGAUUAGAAAUUCUUGUUAAUGAUAAAAAUGUGAAAAAGGCUUUUUUGGAGCAUAUGAAUGAAGUUGCAAAGCAAACAAAACUUAAAGGUUUUGAAACAGUUAAAGCAAUUUAUCUCUCGAGUGUCCCAUUCUCGGUUGAGAACCACAUUUUGACUCCAACGUUGAAACUUAAACGUCAUGAAGCUCAGAAACAUUUUCGUAGUAUUAUCGAUAAAUUAUAUGCAGAAAGUGUAAAUGAAAUUGAACCUAUAGAUAAUCCUAAAUCUAAAUUAUAA